AUGGCGGGCUUUAAAUUCAGAAAAGAAAAGCCAGCAUUUGACAGAAAAAGUGAUUCUGGAAAAAAGGAGCGCACCUGCUUUUACACACCAGAUAUUAAAGCCAUACAUCGAAAAGACAAUGAGAUACAUUUCCUCAGAGUUUUAUCUUUCACCGCAAUUCUCACAGCAAUCAUUCUACUUGCAUAUUUUAGAUGGAAAAUUGCUCGACUCGAGAAGAUAAUGAAGAUCAAAGAUGAACACUACAUCGGGAAAAUGACUAGUGGAGUGGUGUUGACGGGGGAAGAUGGUUCCUUUUAUGACCCAAUUUUGGAAACUUGA